UGGGCCCGCAACCCUAGAAUUCUGGCAUCCGGGAAGCUCGUUACGGGAAGCCCCGCCUCCUCCGAGACGUCAGCCCCCUGGCCGGCCCGGGCCAAUGGGUGUCCGAGUUGGGUCCGGGAGGAGGAUAGUGACCCGCGCUGCCCAUACAGGACGGGAUCGGGACUAUGGUCCAGGCCUGGGCUGACGCCGCUACUUAGCGAAUGGGUGAGCGGGACCCGUACCGUGCCUGGGCCGUGAGGGAUGAGGCAGGAACUAUAUGCAAAAUGUCUUCUCGAUGGAGCUGGGUGAUGAAUGCUUUAUAUAUUUCCCUGAGCGUUUGCUCUUUUGGAGUUUCAGGUGGACUUGUACAGUCAUGUGGUUACAUCAUCCCAGAGUCUCCAGUGUUGACCCUUGGCUCCAAUUUUACAGCACUGUGCAUUCUCAAUGAGAGUUGUCUUGACUUUGGCAAUAUACAUGCCAAUCAGAUUAUUUGGAAAAUAAAAAAUUCUGUAGUGCCUAAAGAACAAUACCGUGUAAUAAACAGAACUGUUUCCAGUGUCACAUUUAGUGACACCUCUACUUUAGCUACUCCUCUGACAUGCAACGUUUUAGCAGAUGGACAGAUUGAGCAGAAUAUCUAUGGGAUUGCAGUUACACUGGGCUUGCCCCCAGAGAAGCCUAAAAAUUUGAGUUGCAUUGUGCAUCAGAUGUCAAAAACUGAAUUUAUUAUGACUUGUACCUGGAAUCCUGGAAGGGAUACAUUCCUAGCCACUGAUUUCCGUUUAAAAUCUCAAUGGCAUCAAGAAACCUUGCCUGACUGUGAACCACAAGGUGUAAAUAACUCUUGUGACAUUUCCAGUGUUCAGUUUUUUGUCAACCUGGAGGUCUGGGUGGAAGCUAAGAAUGCCCUUGGGAAGGCUGAAUCUGAGCACAUUGAUUUUGAUCCUGUGGACAUCGUGAAACCUCUACCUCCACGCAACUUAGCAGUCAAUUCAGGAGAACUACCCACUGUCUUGAAACUGUCAUGGGAGAACCAAAUUACAGUUGUUGAGAUGGAGCUGAAAUUUAAUAUUCGAUAUAGGAUCAGUGACAGCCCAGACUGGAUGGAGGUUCCUCCUGAAGAUACAGCUUCACAAAGAACUUCAUUCACUGUUCAGUCCCUUAAGCCUUAUACAAAGUAUGUGUUUUCACUUCGUUGUAUGAAGAAAGAUGGGUUGGGCUACUGGAGUGACUGGAGUAAAGAAAAGAGUGGGGUCACAUCUGAAGCUAAACCAUCUAAGGGACCACCUCUAUGGAGGAAGAUUGGCAUAUCUCACUCUCCAAACUCCUGGACUGUGCAUCUGAUAUGGAAGGAAUUGGAUCGUUCUGAAGCCAAUGGAAUAAUCUUAAAAUAUGAAGUGACUGUCAGAGCAAGACCACCUCUGUCCCAUCCACCUGAAAAAUACAGUGUUAAUAGCACAAACUUGACUUUAAAUUUAACAAAUGGAACAUAUGAUGUGACAGUAACUGCUCAUAACAGGAUUGGUGGAUCUCCCCCAUCGACUUUGCUUAUUCCAGCAAGUAACUCAAAAGCUUCUGUGAAAGAUAUUAAAGCAUUUCCUAAAGAUGGCAAGCUUUGGGUAGAGUGGACAGCUCCUGACAAUAGCGUGGUUAAAUAUGUGAUUGAAUGGUGCAUGGUGUCAGACAGCUCGGACUGCACCACAGAAUGGCAGCAGGAACUUGGUACUUCUCAAGGCACAUUUUUAAAAGGAGAUAUAAAGCCAUUCAAGUGUUAUUUGAUAACUGUUCAUCCAUUGUAUACUAAUGGUCAAGGAAAUGGACAAUCUACAAAGGCAUAUCUUCAGCAAAGCAUGCCUGCAAAAGGACCCACUGUUCAGACAAAAAAAGUAGGAAAAGCCGAAGCCGUUUUAGUAUGGAAACCUCUUUCAGUGGAUGAGCAAAAUGGGUUUAUCAGAUAUUACACUAUAUUAUACAGAACUAUCAGUGGCAAUGAAACAGCUGUGCCUGUGGACCCUUCCAAAACAGAAUAUACCCUCUCCUCCUUAUCCAGUGACACUUUAUACAUGGUGAAGAUGGAGGCACAUACAGAUGAAGGAGGCACAAGUGGUCCUGUAUUUACGUUUACUACACAAAAGUUUGGAAAAGGAGAAAUAGAAGCCAUAGUUGUACCUGUGUGUCUGGCAUUCCUGUUGUCUGUCCUUCUGGGAGUAUUGUUCUGCUUUAACAAACGGGACUUAAUUAAAAAGCAUAUCUGGCCUAAUGUUCCUGAUCCUUCCAAAAGUAACAUUGCUCAAUGGUCCCCUCAAACUCCAACUAAGCAUAAUUUUAGUUCCAAAGCUCAGAUGUAUCCAGAAGGCAGCUUUACUGAUGUAAGCGUGGUUGAAAUAGAAGCAGAUGACAAGAAGUCCUUUUCAGAGCAGGAUCUAAAACCCUUCAACUUGCUUAAGAAGGAAAAAAAUACUUCAGAGGGGCACAGCAGUGGUAUUGGAGGAUCCUCAUGUAUGUCUUCUCCUAGGCAAAGUGUUUCCGACAGUGAUGAGAGUGAAUCUGCACAAAACACUUCAAGCACUGUACAGUAUUCAACUGUAGUACUCAAUGGCUACAGAGACCAAAUUCCUUCUGUUCAAGUCUUUUCACGGUCUGAAUCCACCCAGCCACUGCUAGAUUCAGAAGAGAAACCAGAAGAUAACCCAGGAGGAGGUGAAAGUGCAACUCCAAGGCAGCAGUAUUUCAAACAAAAUAGUAGUCAGGAUGAAACCAAUACAGAUGGGUCACAUUUUGAAAGAGCAAAGGAGGUGACUCCUCCAGUAAACGAGGAGGAUCUUGUUGGACUUGCACAAUUACAGAUUUCAGGUCACAGUUCACAGCUGUGUGGCUCUGGGCCAGAGAGAAAUAAGCCUGAAUCUGCUUUGGCAGAUGCGUUAAGUCCAAGUACUGAGGGACAGAUUCUGAGACUGGAAACGAUGGGGAUAAACACAGCAACAGUUGAUGAGAUACCAAAAAGUUACAUGCCACAAACUGUAAGGCAAGGGGGGUAUAUGCCCCAGUGAGAGGAGAGAGACUGGCUCUGUUAGGCCUUCAGUAGUGCCUGAUCCAUUUCUUUUUCCCCUGUGUUUCUGAUGAGUUAAGCUAAGUAUUUUUAUCUGAAAUCAGAUAAAAAUAUUCAGAUUCAUUUAGUGAAGAUAAUUUGAUGGAGGGUACAUGAGUACUAUCUUUCAUUGGGAUAUUUCCAGUCCAGAAUUACUGGAGAUCCUCUUAUAAGCACUACAUAGAUUCUCUUAUUUGUCUGAAUAAUUGAACAGGCCUUUGUGCUGCCUUGCAGUUUUGUUUGUCUUUGUAAUGUCACAUUUAAACAUGAUUGAUUGAAAGUAGCAAGUUUUAUUUUGUUACGUAGGCCAAGGGGCAUCUAAGAGAAAAAUACUAGGAGCCUUCUGGCCAAGGCUUUGGAGCUGUGCUCUGGCUCCGCUCCAGCUCCAGGCAAAAACCUGCAGCUCCACUGCUCCGGAGCUGCUCCACGCUCCAGCGCCGGGCUCCACUUCAAAGCCCUGCUUCUGGCCAUGCAUGAUAUUAAAGAUGCCUACUUUGUAUAAGCUUGAUUAGACCAGAGUGUUCCUCCAAAGGUAAAAAAAUGAAAGUACAGUAUUAUAUAUUUUUAAAACGUUAUCCAGUGACCAAACAGUUUCGGCCCACACUCGUCCCUGACUAACUCUAUUGACUUCAGCGGAGUUAUAGAAGGAGUGAAUUUGGCCCAAUAUUUCUAAUGUAAUAGCAUCAGACUAAUGUCUCAAAGUAUUUUAGGCCUCAUAUGAAGAAUUGUAAAACGAAGGACUGAAGUACUUGUCACAAAUUGCAAUCAAAAUGCCAUCACUGCGUAACUCCCUAUGAAUGCUAGUAUAGUCAUCAGUAUUCUGCCUCUCUCUCUCUCUCUCUCUAUGUAUGUAUACACACACAUUUAUAUACACUCACCUAUAUAUAGAAACUAGGCAUAAAAACUACCUACCUUGUAAUCUGAGCCAAAUGCAUGGCAAUUAACAUUUCAUAUUUAGCAUUAAAAACUUUGAAGGAAAAUGUAGGUAAGAAAAACUCCCCUGUAGGCGAAUUGAAGUGUUUAUUUAAAAAUGAAUAUCUGUUUAUCUCAAAUCCCUGACUAACCAUACCAUAUAUCUUUGUUUUAGAAUUUGCCUGUUUACCAUACAAGGUUUGGGCAGGGGAAAGGCAAGAAGUAAUAAAAUGUAAUAUUCUAAAAUAAAUUAGCAUGUGUAGGUUUUAGCUUUUACAAAUGUUUUAGAAGAAAAAUACUUCUUCCUUUUUGCACUGCUGCCAAUACUUGGAUUCUAUGAUUUCCUUGCUACAGUGUAAUGAGCUCACUGAAACCAAAAGUGGCAUAAGGAAAACCAUUCCUUGCUGUAGUAAGGCACUGAUAUUGCUCAUACUUUGGGAAAAAUCUAGAACCCUGAACUUGGAAGUUGACAGGUAAAACAUCCUUCCAUUUUUCAUUAUGAGCCUGUAAGCAAAAUAUCUAGAUCCUGCUGCUACAAUUCUUGACACCUACCUCUUUUCCAUUCUUCUUUCCAACUCUCACAUCCUAGAGAGGAUACAGUUCCUAAAGACAACAAUCCUUGAUAUCCUUAUAGAUCUUGUUACUCUGACGAAGCUUUUUUCCCAGAUGCCAUCUGAUCAGCUUUACAAAGCUAUUUCUUGUAGCUAUAGCUGAACCUAGUCCAUUUAGUUUUCCAGUCUGAUAUUAAUAAGUCAUGAGCAUCUCUAAGUCUUUGAUUCUCAGGUAAUUCAGAAACACUACAGGCUGUGUUAGGAAAAAUAAAACCUCAUUUUAUAUUUAACAAAAUAAUUAUUUUUUUUCACAAGAUCGCUGUACAUAAAGAUUUAUCUUCCUGUAGGUCCUCAAAUGCAGUGGUUCCCAACUGUGGCCCAUAUACCACUGGUCUGCAGAAUACUUGCUGGUGGGAUGUGGAGAGCUGGCUGGUCACAUUUCUAACUUUGCUUAUCUCUGUCUGUUAAUUCACGUUGAAGGGCAACUUUAAAUUUACCUAACUCUCCAUGUAAGUAGUUGCUAUCAUUGCCACAGGGAAGUUACACAGUAAUGUUAAUGGCAACAUGAUCCAUGAGACUCUCUUUAAGAUGCAUUCCACACUGUGGAAACUUUAAGACAUCUGUACUAGGAUAUCUGGAAAAGCUUUGUUUUAUUCAUUUAUGCAAAAUUCCUUAUCCUACUGACAUGUUUCUCUCAGUAAUAAUGUAUCAUAGGUAAUAAUUGGAGAUAUACCAAUCUUCUAGAACUGGAAGGGACCUUGAAAGGUCAUUGAGUCCAGCCCCCUGCCUUCACUAGCAGGACCAAUUUUUGCCCCAGAUCCCUAAGUGGCCUCCUCAAGGAUUGAACUCACAACCCUGGGUUUAGCAGGCCAAUGCUCAAACGACUGAGCUAUCCCUCCCACCAUACCUUUGGUACCCAGAAAUUUAAGGGUUGCCAUAUUGCUGUUGCAGCACGCUCUGAUUUUGUUGCUUUUCAGAAACUCCUCCAUAACAUUUCAGUUGGUUGGUCUGCCCAUCUUGAAUUUUUUUUUUCUGGGGACAAGGACCCAACAGUAUCCAAUAAGCCUUUAGAACUCCCCAGAUGAUGUAAAUCUGCUGUAUGAAUCAUAGUACUCCAAAGGCCAAACUGUGCCCCUUUACUAGAACACAUCUUUGUAGCACAUAAAUUAGAAUUUAGGAACUAAUUUCUUCAUCUGGUAUGUGUGGAAGAAUUGCCCAUUUUCAAAGGGUCCUGUGAAGCUUGCAAUUGAAGCUGUAUAUUCUGUUUUGAAGGUUUCCCUAGGUAAAGUACAUGUAGACCAAAAAGAUGGAUCAAACGAACCCUGGAAGUAUGUGUAUUAAGAGCCUCAGCAGCCGCACUCUUAGCGCUUCAGCCUUUGUGCUCUUGUCCCAUUAACUUCUACUGAGACUUAACCAAUUAGGUUGCUGGUUUCUGACUUUCACAAACACUAGUGUUUAGAGACCUGAUGUCUUCAGAUACAGUUUUAGAGCUCUUUCUUCAAGCCAGUGAUACAGGCUCUUUAUUUUUGAAGGAUGAGAGUUGAUGACCAUUUACUCUUAACACUGAAAUCAUGCUCUGAUUUAUGUAAAUGGAAGCCAUUUCAGACAUUGUUUUAAAUCCCAGCUCACCUCCCGCCAAAAUUAAAUGUAAUGUCAGAAGGAAAGAGAAUCCCAUUUUUAAGAGGAGCACCCAGCAGUGAUCGUUCUGAUCUAGUACUAGUGGUAUCUGAUAUUCAGCAUUACUACAGAUUAAUAGGAGCUGUCUUGCUAUUAUAUGAAAGACACACCCCCAGGAACAAAGCUCUGUAUUUCUCAUUCCUAUUUAAAUUUCAGUAUUUAGACUGAUGCAGAAGAUAGAAAUAAAAGGAAAAGGUUGUAAAUCCACAUUUAUGUAGAUGAACUCAUUAUAAAAUUCACAACAGGUAAAAGCAAUGAGCAAUUACAGCCUGUUCAUGAAAUUUUUGUCUGUGCCAAAAUUGUACACUGUGCAGUGUUCAGCUUUUGACCUGAAAUAGUUAACUUUAAUUUUGUACUUUUUAAGUCUGGAAAAUACUUUUACACUUAAUUUUAUAUUGGACACUGUAUCUUGCAAGCAGUUUUUUAAAUGUGGAUGUGUAUUAACAGUCUCUACCUAAUCUUCUGACUAUUACUAUACAUACAAAGGCAGACUUUUUCUUUUUUUACACUAUGGUGCACUUUAAGAAAAAAUAAAGGCAUUAUUAAAAUAAAACUACAUUUAACACUGACAUUGCUGUGUGCCCAUUUUGAUUAAUUGCCAAGACUGGUAUGCCUCAGAUGGGGAAAGUAGAAAUCUUGUAUGUUGUUUGUUCAACAGCAGGGAAGAUGGAGAGUUAAGAAUAAGCAUCUUUUGUGCACCAGCACACUUUGAAUGUCUGCUCAGUGCAAAUUAGCUAGUUGCUUGUCUCUUUAUUCCUACAACAACUAUAAAUGUCUUUUUAAUACCAUACCAUAAAUUAACCAUGGCUUGGUAAUAUUCUGUCCCAGCUGCAGCUGGGAUCUCUUGGUGAUCCUUUAUGUCUAAAUAGUCAACCCAGACAAAGCCCCAAUCCUUGACAGUGGCCAAGGAUUGCAAGGCACAGCCUGGGGGCAGCAGAGUAGAAGAAGCCACCUUUUGUGGUCCUCAAUCUUGGGCUGGCUGUGUACCAUUCUAGGAGCUUGGCAUAAGUUACAGCAGCCUGAGGAUCACACUAAGGUUGAUUGUCAGGGGUGGCUGAGACAUUGGAGUGUGUGGCUGGGGAUUGCUUAUUUUGGCAUUUGGGAGAGGGCUGGCACAGGGGUGGUUAUAUGAGUAGUUCAGCACCAGGGGACCCCUCUGCAGUUUGCAUGGAAGUGAGUCUCCUAUGGCUGGGUAUAGAGUCCUUCUGCACUAGCGGCGCAGCUGAGGGUUGAAACCUAAAUCAGCCUUUUGGUGUCUGAAUAUCAUGUGCAUGAUGAUGCAAGCCAUCUUUUUGACUUCAAUAAUAGCUGUCAUGCAGCUCUCUUGUGGUUACAGAGCCCAAAUCAUUGUCUAUUCUUAUACCAUUCACAUUGUUGCAGGGCCUGAACCCUAUUGACUUAACUGAAAAUAGGUUCCCAAACUGAUUGUGGUCCAUGGAGACCUGAUUGAACAUGUGGUACUCUUCCUUGUUUCUAGUUAUUUAGCCUUUUUUAAUGCAAUUAAGUAAAUUUCCUGAUAUUAUCUUUCUGUAUAAUCAGUUGCUUGCUGUUGCUGCCAUUGGGACUGUCUGCCAUGUGAACUCCGUUCCUCCCAAUCUCUUCGCUAAAAUGUGCUCCAAUCUAACGGGCAAACAUUUUGACAACCUUGUCUUAACCAUUUAUGUCUAACUUUACUACUGCACCAAAAGUAAAUUUGACACUAAAAAUGCUGCUAUUUCAGUUUUCAUUGGCUAUAAUAAACUUGCAAUUCAUUUUAAAUACAACAGAAUGCAUUGCUGAAGUCCCUAUUUUAGGCAUCAUCCCAUUUCAAUUAAGGGUCAAGCAGAAACUUACAUUUUCUCAUAAACUUGGUUCAUGAAUCAGAAAACUGCACUUUGUAGGGAGGGAUGGGAAGAGUUUUUGAAGCCAGAGUAAAUCUUAACUGUGCGCUCAAAACAAUAAAAUAAGUAAAAAAAAAAAAAAAUGAAGCUAUUGUUCUACAAACCUAUUCUCAAUAUUUGCUCCCUCAUUUAUCAUGGUUUUUGCAGGCUAAACCAUUCUCUAAGGGAAAGUAAGGAUUCUCCAUUUUCCUUGUUUAAACUACUUUUAGAUUCAAUACAUGUCUGUUCUUGAGAAACUGAUACCAUGUGAGGGCCCAGAGCUUCAUCUCCUGUUGACUUUAGCUUCAAGCUGUUACCAACACAGCAGAGAGCAGCUCAGCAUGGAGCCCUUGGCAAUUUCACAUUUGCUUUAAAGAGAUCUUUGCAAGUAAGGAAUGCAAUAAAAACAUCAGUACUUUAGAAACACAUUUCUUCUGCAAUGGAUUGAAUAUAAGUAGAUAACACUAGAGCUGUGAUAAUGAUAAUGAUUAGAACAAUUUGACUUCCAUCUUGUUUUAUGGACUUAGAUGUCUUCCAGGCAGUGCACUACCUGUAAUGGUUACAUUUCUUUGUUGACGAUUACAAACUUACUGGCUUUUAAAGCAGUAAAUGAGCAGCCUUUGCUAUUUUGUUUCAGAUCACACCUCUUUUUUGUCUUUUCCCUAUCAAAACUUAUUGCUUAUGGGGACACUGUGUCAAAGUGCAACUUGGGUUUUUUUUUGUUUUUGUUUUAAGUUAAAUAGGAACAGGUGCUACACCUACCCGUUAAAACUUUGUAGUCACAUUUUCCUAAUUAUAAAAUAUUUUUCUGAAUGUGUGAAGUAAUGCAAUAAAAGGGGAAACUGAACUGAGCAUGCAAAUUAUUUUUUUCAGCUCUAGUGAUCUUCAUUGUUUAAAAUCAAAUGAUUUUUUAAAGGUCAUUCCUUUUAAGCAUGCUGUCUGCCCUCUGUCAGGUAGAUAGGAAGGGAGUGCAUUUCAAAUCUAGGUGUGAAAGCACAUGCACAAUAAUUGUGCAUCUCUGUACUCAGUGCAGUAAAAAUUUAGCUUAAAAUAUUGAUAUGUCAAUGAGUUACUAAGUAACAAACUGACUAACAUUUUCUUAUUGGGUUCCAGAGGCAAGACUACUAAAUAUUAAAUACUGUUGGGUGACUAUACAGGCAUCUAGACAACUUCAGGCAUAAGCCACAUACGCUUUCUUGUUAAUGAAAAUGUCCAAUGCAGUUUCAAGACAUCUGUAACAUUUGACAGUGAAUGUAAAUACGAAAUGGAGUUUAAUACUGUUUGUAUAUUCAGAGUAAUUAGGGCUUGCAAAAACUAAUAUUGAUUUUGUAUGCCAGCUCUAAACAAUUCACAUAUAACCAGAAUUUAAACUCACAAGUGCUGCUUAAGCCUCCUCUAUAUAGAAACAUGUUGAAAUCGCAUUCCAGUAUUAAUCCCUUUGCAAGCUACUGUUUUGUUUAUUGUUCUGUAAAUGUUGUGAAUUGUGCUGUCAACAAUUUUUAUUGUAACCUUGGAUGUCUGUCUCCUCUUUACUGUAUUGUACCUGAACGUUGCUUUUCUAUCAACUAUAUUUUCUAAAGUAAAAAAAAAAAAUUCCAAACCU